AUGUUUCCUGAGCAGAAGGAAAAUGAUGCCGAGGAGCAGUCGAGCGCAGGGAACAAGCCGAGGAGGCGUAAGAGGAGGUCAGCAGCGUUACGUAAGCAACUGCGGCCAAACCGUGAGCCGUCCCCUCCUCCAGACGUAGAAUGUCGCAUCUUCUCGAAACAUUUCGUCGAACAUAAUCGCCAACGCGAGGGAGAAAUGCGCAAAAAGCGGAUGGAGUUGCUGAAACAGGAGCGGGAGAAACAGCAGCUCGAGGCCACCAUCAAAACCAUACAAGAGAAAGUGGACGACGAGGAGGCGAACGUCGACCGACUGAAACGCCAAAGCGCAUCUAUUAAUAAGGCGUUGAAUAUCUAUCGGCAGGCGGCAGUGGCAGCGAUAGAGAAAAUACACCGUGACGGAACCGGGCUGCCGGCACCAACUGUGAAGAACAUCGAAACGUACCUCAGACUCGCCUCAAAUGUAAACAAAGUCGAUCGACCUCAUGCGGCAUAUUUCAGUGCUGUGCGAGAGGCGAUGUGUCGUUUACGGUUGCCUACCGUGUGUCUCGACAAGUGA